UCAGACUCUCUAAGGAGGCUGCGAUGUAGACAGGAUGAAACUGGCGGGGUGUUUUUCCGAGGACCGUGCCUAUCGGUUGUCGUUACCUGUCAUGGUAUAUCAUUACCAUCUAUUAAUUAUGUGGAGAACAGGAGGAGCUUAUUAUCAUUUUGUCGAUGCCUGAGGAUUAUGGACCGUUACAAUAACGAACAACGGUGUAACGGUUCGGACAGCUGCCUCUUUCUUUUUCUUCUUCUUCUUCUUCUUCUUUCCCUUCUUUGCUUAAACAUUUUUUAAAGCGCUGGCGUCGGUGAUUUUCUCACAAAAUGUUGAAUUUAGCGCUCUGUCGACGUGAAGGAUGCCCGUGGCACGUCAUUUUUUGUUGCCGUUGGACAUAAACCUGUGGACGGGCGCCGUUUCCCAGGCAGUAUGAUACAAUAUUUUGACAUAACCGUUAUUUUUGUGUGUUACGCUCUAUUGCGCAUGCCUAGUGUUAGCUAUAGAAUGCUGCCCGACGCCACUUCUCUCCGUCCUGGCCGUGAUUUAGGAGAGAAAAAGUGACGGCAGCUGGGGGACUACAUAGCAAAAAAGAGAGAGAAAAUGCGUUGGCAAAGUGGCAGCGUGGCGAGCAAAGGAUUUGACUUGAGAUCCUUCAUGAAAUAGAUUGUGCCAUAAACUGAAGAAUGUCAGGGACACCAAAUGCAGAAGCUGAAGGAGUAGUCUCCAAAGUAAAAGUGAAAAAGGAGAUCAAGACAAUCGUGGAGAAUUUGGAAACCAUCCUGGGAGAUCUUAAGGAUGUAGCUAAAGAGCUCAAAGAGGUUGUUCAUGAGAUUGACACCCUAACUUGUGACCUGCAAUUGGAGGAAGACGGACUAACAGACAGCUCAAAGACAGACACACUGAACUCCAGCUCGAGCUCCACCACCACCACUACCACUGCAUCCAGCCUGGAGAAGAUGAAGCUCUUUCCCGAAGACUGCAUAUUUAAAACACCUGCUUCCCUAAUGCCAGUCCCCAUCAACCCUCCUGGAGUCCUGACUGUACUCAAGAAGCCACACCCACCUCUACCACCACCAAGACAUACCCCGCUGAGAGCCGAGGACCACAACAUUAAAAAUCUGCCUCAUCCAACUUUAGUGUUAUCAGGGAAUCUAUCCAAGGCUAACGGGUCUCUAUUAAGGAAUGGUGGGGUUUUCCCAUUGAAAUCAAACAGGGAUUUAUUUUCCUCCACACCAUGCUUCAUUUCUAAUGACAGUGGAAUCCCUGAGUCGGGUCUUGUUCCUACAUUGCCCAGACCCAUGCCUCUUCUGCGGCAUGAAAAGAACAAAUGCCCCAAGGCCCCUGGCAGGGAGCCACGUGAGAGGGAACGUGUACGUUUCAGCGAGAAGGUUCAGUUUCAUGGCUACUGCCCGGACUGCGACCUCCAGUACGAUGUAGAUGACACAGAACUACACUUGCAGGCUGAGCUGAAUGACUUGAGGCUCAGCCCAGUACACUGCUGCUCCUCUUCCCCUCCUCCUCCUCAUUCUCUUUCCCAUGAAUUCAUGUUGGAAAAUGGCGGUCUACCAGUCAGCCACAGUUUCCCACCAACAGGAAACACUGCUCCACCUUGUGUGCCUCCCCACACACCUUCUCUCAAGCCCCAGAAAACAAUCCUUCGCAAAUCAACCACCACCACGGUUUGACACCAACCCCCCUUGUUGUGUCUAGUUUAAACAUUUUUGAAUCAUUCAUAGUGUUUUCUACUUUAUGAGUGCUUUCUACUCCAGUUGAACUUUGGAUUAUCCAGAGAGAAGAAAGGAUUGGAAAUAAGAAACAAAAGAGCGGAUAUAGUGUGUGGAACAGAAAAAGGCAUCGCCGUGGGCAUCGAGACGUACAUCGAGAGAUCAGGAAGAAGCGGGCCCAUUGACACACUUGAGAUACGAGACAAGGGGAUGCUUGCUUCAUACACCGAUCGACCCCGGUUGAUCAGGCAGGGAAGAGCCAGAGCUGAGGCCAAGCAUCCACCACCAUUUGCAAAGCUCUUGCAUAGUGCUUGUGCUGUUUGUGCACUAAGCAACCUCUGGGAACCAGCUGUGCUGGAGCAGUGUUACUGUCUAACUGGCAAAGCAGGAAGGGUAGUCACUGUGUGUGUGCAAAAAGAUGAAUCUAUAGAUGUGGAGGUGAUAUUUUCAUUCAUAUAAAAGGUUGAUUUAAAGAUUCAAACACCGAUGAAACCUUAUCAUCAAAAGUAAAGAUGAACCAGUACAAGAUGGGUUGAAAUAAUGUCAGCCAGUAUUUGAUUGAUGUCUAUACAGGUUUUUGCUUUGUGCGUACUCAGAUGGAAAUCAAUAGCUCCACUCAACCGAUGGAAUUUGCCUUUUAAGAAUUGUAAUUGUUUGUGUCUGGAAAGCCCAACAGUUCUGCCUGGGAGCAAAACGCUCUCUGCUGGACUGCAGAUAAGCAGAAAAUAAUAACUAUGUCAGUACGUGCCAUAUGCACAACCACAGCAUGUUUUUGGAAAGACUCGUGUUUUGAAAUGGUUGAUGAUGCGGUCACUGAUCCUUGUCCAGAAAUUAUGUUCGUUGUACAUCAAAAUCUAUCCGCUCAUCUGGUGCCAUGCAAGCUGUGUUUAUUUCACAAUGACAUGCAGAGAUUCAGUACAGUGUGGCAUAGUUACAGCUUUAAAGGGUUAUUGAAGAAGUAAUAAUUUGCAUCAAAUUUUUUUUGUAUACAAAUGUACAUGUAUAUUUCAGGCAUUUUUCUACAGAGACUUUAACAUUUAAAGAGAUGAUAUUUUUGAUAUUGUGUUGGAUGACUGAGAGGUAUUUUGAUGAAAGCUGACAUUCCCUCGAGGUAUAUGUUUUUCAGGGCAGAGCCAGAUGAGUUAUUUAUACAUGCCGAAUCGUGUUUACAUGAAUGAAAAACUUAACUAUUAUAACUUAGAGAAACUUUACAAUGUGAGCUGCAGCGGGAGGAAGAAAAUAUAAUGCAGAGAUGAAAAGUGACGAAAACCAAAUACCUAGUUGUGCUUUAUCAGAAGAGAGGCAUGGGACUGAAUGAACGCAUGACUGACUCUUCACUUUGUCCUGCCAUCACUGUUUUUCUAUGCAUUUCUGUGGAGAGGCUGCCUGGUAGUGGGCCUGAAAUGCUGGAUUUUCUGCCCUUCAGAACAGAGUUAAGAAGUAUUCCCUCUCAUUCCCUCAUCCAUCGGGUCAAUCCUGACGUCAGUAUAAACCUGACAAAUUUCCAUGUUGCUCUGGGUAAUGAGUCAUAGGUAAUUAAAAAAAUGAUGAAGUGCUUUUUUAUAUAUAUAUAGCACUUAUAAAAACCAAAUAAGUUAUAAAGAAACAGAGUAACAAGAUGAAUAUUGCUCUAAAUAGAUCAAAUAUAUACAGUAUAUACAUAGAAAAUCAGUCAAAACUCAUCAAAGUUCCCACCUGACAUCCAAAAAAAUCAGCUAAACAAAAAAUGCAAUAACUUACAUAUUAAAUGAAAUCAUGCAAGGUUUAGUACAAUGAAAAUUAGUUACUGGCCAUCAGAGUAGAGAAGGGUUAAAACUUUUUUUUUCCUUCACUUUUCAUUCCUUGCAAUUUCACCACAGGAGAUAACCAAAUGACCUUUUCAGCACUGAGAAGGCACUAAACUCAGUUAAAAGCUAAAAUUAAAUAAAUUCUAUACCCACUCCAAGUGUCCCCAUCUACAGCCAAUUCAGUAUAUUUUUUUCUAAAACCAACUGUAAGCAUCAAUAUUAUGGAAUAUAAUCACCGUUUCAGCAGCAAAAUUGUACUAAUUUAACAUCUGUGAAGUAGAGUAACAGAAACACCCAUCAAAUAUGGUAUGAGUGUUGAUAUUGCGUAGAGAAGCUGCAGAGGGCACUUUGCAACUUAUUUGGAAUGCCAGAAACACAACCAGCCUUUCUGAAGAGAGUCGGCAUAAAGGAGUAAAUAAAUAACUACAAACAAAUAUGUGUGUCUGAAAGAAAAAAAAUAUUGGCCAAUAUAUCAGACUUUUUAAAUCACAAAAUACGGGUAUCUUAAAAGUCCUACAUCAGUCAGGCUCUAGUUUAAUGAUAUCACCAUGUGUGUAACUGGUAAAAACCAACAGCAUGAAAGGUCUGCUUUGUACCUACAGUUUGGUACCAGGCUCAUCUGUGACUUCUUCUAGGUGGGUGGAUGUAAAAUUCAUUUGGUUAAGGUUAAAUGUGUUUUUCCACUCUGAUAGUUUCAUGUACUUCAUGUACUUAAGAAGUACAUUGAGGUCUAAAAAAAAAUGCUUUAAAAAAAUAAGGCGACUUAAAAGGCGACUAAAUUUCCAUCCGCUCCAUGUACUCAUUUCAGGUCUGUAACUCAGAAAAUAUCCACAGUAUGAACAUAAAAUGUUGCAAGACUUCAUUUGGUAUGCUGAAGAUAUUGCACACAAAAAUAGCUUUUCUGGGGGGUUAGAUGAGAGGCAUUCACUGGUAUUUCAUGCAAACAUGAUUGCUGGUGAGCAACUUUUUUUUUAUUAACACACCCCCUUGAUACAUUUAGAUUAGAGGCAUCACACACUUGUAAACCUCACCUCUUUGUUCAGAUACUGAAUUAAAGACUAAACUCUGACUCAGCAAUGAAUCACUUUUAAAGCUGAUUGGAAUGUCUCAAAAAGUUGUUUGUGAUAUUUUAUUGUGUGUCCACAAACUGUUGGGAAAUAACUUGUGAGAAGUAAACACUUUGCACUUGGUCAGUGUGCGUGUGUGUGUGCACUUUAAACCUAACAAUACUUUUAGUGCUGAUUUUAUGUCUGUAUUCUCUAUUAAAAGCUGUCCUCUUGUGCGUUUAUCUCACGGAUAUGUUGAGCCUCUGUGAACCGGGAGCCCAACGGAGGAAAUUAAACCGCCUCCGAGAGCGUCACACUUCAUCAAAGUUACCAAAAAGCAGUGAGAGCAAACGUUUCAAAAAGAGAAUGACAGAAAAUGGCAUCAGCAGCUGCAUCAGUUAAUUGAAGAUUAGUGUGAUGAGAUAGCAGGCUGGCAGUGCUAAAGGCCAUCAGCUGUCUCCCGAAGAUAUUCAGAAUAUCGUAUUCAUUAGAAUAAUUCAGAUGAAUUCAUGGUGGCUUGUCAUGGUCAUACAAAAACAGACCGCAGCCAGCAGCUCAGUGCCAUAAAAGUGACAGGGUUACAGGAACGGGGCAGCGGUGGCCUAGAGGACAGAGGGGAACAUCAUAAGUUCAAAUGCAUGAACUGGAAAGCUCUGCUAAGAAUGUGCAUGAGAGAAAGAUAUCUUUAACUCUGCCUUUUGGAGUGCCCUCAAGCAGGGCUCUCCAUGAAAGGACUGCAAUAGAGCUGGGCAGCUGUUUGCAGCCCAAAUGAAUGGGAAUCAGGCCAUGACAAUAAAAAACUACUUGCCUUUAAUCCCGGGUUGCCUUAUGCUGUAAUUAUAGUAAAUGUGCAAAUUUUCACAAAGCAGAACAAACUAAAGAUGCUCGUGGUGCUAUGAUACUAUAAUGAAUGUGUUACUGAUAUAUAACAAAGCUAUGUUUAUUUAGUUACAAUAUUAAAAAUUUAGAAACCAAUAGCCCUACUGAUUGGAGAAUGUUAAAUAUAUUUUGAAUGCUGAGGCAGUAAUUUCCAUAAUAUGUGAUUAUUUUACUUGAAAUAUGAUUAACAAAAUAUGUUAUUCAGGCACUUGUUAAAGUCGAUUAGAUUUACAGAGAAAGAGUGAAAGCACAAGAAGGGAGGCUGGUGUUCGUAUUUUCCAUUUAGUCCACAUCAAACCACAUCAAGAGACCAGAUAAUGUCUAGAGUAAAAACAACUACUCUUAUGCUUGUCAGAUCUGGACCACAUGAAUCCCGAGAAGCUACUGACUGUUUAAAACAAUGUUUUCAGAUUAAUACAAUACCAUGUAAGUCUUAAGUCACCAAUUUCUUUAUGUUUGGCAGUGAAAAUGGGAAACGCGGUGAUUAAUUAAAAUAUGUGCAAGCAUACAUGAAAAUCCAGUAAAUAAGGGAGAAAAAAACCCCUACAAAUUUCAACAAGCUUGAAAAUUGAUGUCUAAUAUGAUCAAUUUUGCUGUGCAUCAUAGCCUGAAGUCGGUUAGAAAGGCUUUCUUGUUAUUUCUUCAGGAAUAGUUAACCAGGUUUCUUGAAGGAGUUUUUUGGAUGUUGGGUGUCUUUUGUCUGUCAAGAUCACUGCAUCAAUAUUACUGAGGCAAAUUUGGAUUCAUCACACCACAAGUCCUGUUGCCAUUGAUUUUCAGUCCAGUUCUUGUGAAAUGUGCCAUACCUCAGCCUUUUCUCCCUGCUUAAGAAAGGGUUCAUGUCAGCCAUCUUUCCACUGAGACCAUUUCCAAACAUUAGCUGGAUCAUCUGAAGGGAUCUCUCAGGAUCCUGUUGCUAGAUUUUUUGCCGUUUCUUAAGGAUAUCGCUUAUAGAGAGGUUUUUUUAGGCCUGUCAGAUCAUCUUUUGUUCUCCGUUUGUCCACUUUCCUCAAUUUUUUUAAGGCCACACUGCACAAAGUGCUGAGGUAUUCCAAGUUUCAGGCUAAUAGUCUUUUGGGAAUCACCUUGUUAGUACCAAAUACUAUUUUAAGCCG